AUGUCACUGCUGCGCAGGUCACCACAAAUAUGGACUCCCACGUCACAGAGGGACGUGAGUAACCUGGUCAUCGCCGGCCAGGGGCCUCCUCCGCCCAACCCGGCAGUUGUGGAGAGAUUUCAGCAAGUCAUCUCGCAGCUCUUUCAGCAGCGCAUUGUGCGGAUGGGAGGUCCAGUGGAUGAUGACAUGGCCAACCUGAUUGUGGCCCAGCUGCUCUACUUGGAUUCGACCUCCAGCAAGGACAUCAUCAUGUAUGUCAACAGCCCUGGAGGCUCUGUCACAGCAGGCAUGGCGGUGUUUGACACCAUGAGGCACAUCAGGCCAGACGUGUCCACUGUCUGUGUGGGCCUGGCAGCAUCCAUGGGCGCCUUCCUGCUGGCAUCAGGCCACAAGGGCAAGCGCUACUCGUUGCCCAACUCGCGCAUCAUGAUUCAUCAGCCGCUCGGUGGAGCGCAGGGCCAGGCCGCAGAUAUUGAGAUUCAGGCGAACGAAAUCCUGCACCACAAGCUGACCCUCAAUGGCUACCUGGCCGAGUUCACCGGCCAGUCUAUGGAGCGCAUCACCCAGGACACCGACCGCGAUUUCUUCAUGGGCGCCAAGGAGGCUGUGGACUACGGUCUCAUUGAUGGUGUCAUCACGCGGCCGCAGCUCGUUGCCGCCACCAAUGGCGCAUCGCCUUGA